AUGCCAGCAAUUCCCCUUGUCACCCCCUUCCUAGAGAACGCUCUUGUGCAUCGUGCUACUGCAUCGCCCCCUAACGUGACAACAGCUGCAAGCGCCCUAUCUCGCGAGGUUGUUUGCGCAUGGCCGGUUUCCGGUCAAUAUGGCCCGGGGACCCGAGUGCUAUACUAUGUUUUAAUUGCAGCCUGUGUAGUUGCUCGCAAAGUAGAAUGGAUUCGGAACGCUUGUCUAGCCGCUGUGUUACUCUUUCCCGCUAUCGCAGCUCUUCAUGGGAUUGUUCUUGCUGCGGUUCAUGUCGACGGCGCUGUCGACAUGGAUAUCUACGGGGCAUUCCAGCUUUGCGCAAUCGGUAUCUUAACCGCCCCAGCCACCGUCAGGCUGUCCCGAACCUACUUCAACAAUCCCGGCCGUGAUAUCAUCUUUUUGUGGACAGUCCUUCUGCUGGCUGGGCUAGUGAGCUUGAUCGUGGAAUUCAUGCGUCUCAAACCCACUACUUGCCCAGUUGACGACGAGGCAAGCAUUCUCUGGGCCUUAACGGGUGACUUCCCAUAUGGCUCCAACUGUGGCAUUGCCUGUACCCCAGAUAAUGGGCCAGUCUCACCAUUGCGCCUAGGAGCAGCCGACAAUAUCUACGUGAUCCCAGUGCCUCGUGAGCUGUCGUUCAAUGCCAGUACGCUCGUUGCAGCCGCAUGCUGCAUCCCUGCCAUCCUGUCGUUGGUAUCCAUGUGGAUCAAAAUCUUAGACGAUAACUGGGAGAAGUUCUCAAAUGGAAAGCCUAAGCAGGAACCAGAUGAACCGAUUGUGGGAACCAACGGAGCUACCAUCAACCAUAUGACUAGGAUUACCGACAGGAUAAGCAAAUGGUUAGCGCUCAUUGAGAUACCGGUGUUUGCUGCAGCAGUGCUGGCAAUUCUCGCCAAAGGCGAAAUGAACUUUUGGAGUACGCAAAUGAGGCACCAAACAGAGCCUAUACAAAGCAUUGGUCAAUGGGCGCCAAUUGUUGGUACGGCACUCGCUGUAUUGGGGUCACUAUAUCUGCUUCUCUCUGCGGAUAUGGAAGCCGCGGGCAGGGAAGAUGGGCAGCAAGAAGAGACUAUUGUCGGAAAAUGCCCAAACUGCGACUGUUCUGUAUCAGAGACCGGAAGCAGUUCUGCACGAGGCUCUAGAACAAGUGCCGAGAGACAGGAUCCCGAUAUCGAAAUGACAACCAUACGCCGCCCUACUACCAACCAAACCACUACCACCCAAGCCCAACACGAUCUAGGAAGGCGAAGGGUUGCCCGCUUCUUAAACGCAGCAAGUGCCAUUAUGACCGCCAAAGCCCACAAACAAAUCGAAAAAACUGGGUUUAAACCCGAAGCGAAAACAACUUAUCCCCAGACCCCAGGAGAAGAAUACAAAAACGGAAAUCUCCAAACCCUACAAGACAAAUACAAAAGGCAGCUCAAGGAGGCCAAGGAGUCCAACACGUCGUUCACUGCCUACCCCAGCUGCCUCGCAGCCAAGGCCCCGUCAAAAUCACUCGAAUUCACUCCCGACACAAGGGAUAUCUGGGACAUCAACCUUGCAGUGUCCUCCUGGGUCGGCGCCUGCGGAGUGGCAAACAUUAGGUCCGUGGGAUAUAACGCCGAGCUCGCGAAGUAG